AAAAAAAAAAAUCUUCUCAUCUUCUCAAUUGGGGGAAAAAAAAAAUGUCGAUCGAGGCUAGAGACACGACAGAGUUUGUUUCUCCGCCGCUGAAGAAGGCGAAGACAGAUCCGGAUGCGAGGGAGUUGGUUUGUCCAUCAGAUCCGGAGGAAGAAGAGAUCGAAAUCCCCGCAAUGCGAAAUCUCCGGAAUGGAAACUGGGACGAUCCUGAAUAUGCAAAACAGCGAAUGAUCUUUGAGAAGCAAUUUACAGAGAGUGGGGGUUACGAUGUUGAUUGGGAUAGUAUGGACUACAACUUCCCGGGCAGCAUAGUCGAUUCAAGAGGAGAUUAUGAUGCUCGACUUAGCAAUAAGGAGUUAAUGAAACUGCUCAUAAAUACAGCCAUUGACGAAGAAAACGAAGAAGCUGGAACUCAACUUAAGUUUGUCAAGUACGUCACUGCAAAUGUAGUGGCCGCCAAAGGGUUUCUGUUUUUUAUAACAUUUUGGGCAAAGGAUCUGUCUGCACCAAAUCCAGAGCCAAAAUGUUACCAAGCGGAGGUGCUCUGGUUUAUGGGUGAUGCCGAUGUUUAUGAAUUCAGGCUCAGGCCAACGAAAUAAUUUGAUCAAUGGGUGAGGUGAUGGUGAUGGUGAUGGUGAUGGAUGAAUCUUGGGUCACUUCCAACACUGUGGUCUUCCCUUCCACUGAGAAGACUCUUUAUCUGGAACAUUUUACUUAAUUAUGUAUCUUGUCUUAUUUGUAGUUGGUCUUUAAAACCUAUUAACUUAUCUAGAUGUGUGAAAAUGGCAAUCCUGAUACACUUGUGAUUGAUGAAAAUGGUUUGUUACAUUAUGUUACAUAAUUGGGAUGAUGAUGGACAGAAUCUU